ACCGCCCCGUCCGCUCCUUCACAUCCUGUUUACGCCCGUGUGUGUCACAGUAGGACUGAUAAUUAGAGGCCGUGAAAGAGAAAUCGGGCUGAAAUGCGCCCCUAUAAUUCAUGACCGCGGCCAAACUGCACAAUCAAACGAAUAUUGUCUGAUUUAGCUGCAGCUGGAGCCAUGACGUGCCGGGACAUCCAUGCUACUAAUGCCUUCUCCUUCAUCAUUGCCUUUGUGUCUGUGGGGGGCAUCGUGGUGGCAGCUCUCAUCCCGCAGUGGAGAGUGACCAGGCUCGUCACCUUUAAUCGAAAUGCCAAGAACAUCAGCGUGUACGAUGGGCUCUGGGCAAAAUGUGUCAAACAGGAUGGAUACUCAGGAUGCUACUACUAUGAUUCAGAGUGGUACUCCAAAGUGGACCAGCUGGACCUGCGUCUCUUGCAGUUCUGCCUGCCCACUGGCCUGCUGUUGGGGUCCCUGGCUUUACUGCUUUGUAUGACGGGAAUGUGCAAAACCUGCUGCUGCUCUGACAAACCAGAGCCGGAUCUCAAGACCACUCGGUUCUUGGUAAACAGCGCAGGUUGUCAUCUCGUCGCCGCCAUGUUUUUAUUUCUGGGCGGAGCUAUCGCCAUGGCGCCUUCAGUGUGGUUCUUAUUCCGUACUAAACAAAUGAACGCUAAAUACGACAAUAUAUUCUCCGAUGGUUUCGCUGUGUACAUUGCUAUCGGCUGCUCUGGUGGACUCAUGCUGGCUUCACUACUUAUGUUGAUGUGGUACUGUAUGUGUAAGAAGUUGCCAUCUCCAUUUUGGUUGCCUUUGCCUUCGAUGUCUAACUCUGUGUCCACUCAGCCCCUCACAGCCAAUGGGUUCCCCCCUUCUCCUGUCUACGGUCCACAACCAUUCCCUCCUCAAACCUUCCCUCCGACUGUAAUCGACACCCAUCCUUAUGUACCCGCUCAGACCUAUGCCCAAAGCGUUGCCCCUGCCCCCGCUCAAGUCUACAUGCCUCAAAUGUCAGUUCCAGAUGGGUACGGGUCUGAAGUGGGCGGGACACAAACGUAUAGCUACGCCCCUUCUCAAAGUUACGCCCCCUCACAAAGUUACGCUCCCUCGCAAUCCUACGCUCCAUCUCAGGGCUACGCGCAGAGCUACGCAGGGCACCGCUACUCUACGCGCUCCCGGAUGUCCGCCAUAGAAAUCGACAUUCCAGUUCUGACACAGUGAAAAGUAAAGCUGCAUGAAAUUUAAAAAAACUAUGUGAUAUUCAGUGACUAUGUUUUUUGCAUUGCGAUUACAAUUUUAUUUUGAUAUUUUAAUAUAGUUUUUAGCACAAUAAGUUCUGUUGAAUUAAAACAGAAAUGUACUUGCCUUCAUGUAAUGUGUGCAGUCCUAGUGAAAAGGCAACUAAAAACCUAUUGUAAGCCCUGUAAGUGCCAACUAAGUUACACUAUUCUUGACAUGUGGUGGAGCUAGUAGCUGAGAUGUCUUAACAUGCAUGCAGAACUUUUUUCAGUAUUUUAUCUUAUCUGCCUAACUUUGAUUUGAACUGUAAAUUGAGGUACUGUACAUAGGAUCACUGUUUUACUUAAGACUGAAGCACUGAAACACUAAAUAUAGCAAUAGUUAUGUAAAUCACUUAAUUAUUACACUUUUUUUGUCAGAAUGGGACCACUGUUGUUUGAAUUCCUGCCUUCUUCACUUAUUUUUAUACAUGUUACAGUUUAUGACUUAAGAUUAAUGAAGGUGGCCUAAUAUGUCUACUGAAAUAACACUGUUCAUUUUAAGCAUGUGUCAAAAUGUGUGCUUUUUUUCUACCUGUAAUGUUUAUUGCUGUCUUACGGGCCAGUCUCUUCUGCUAGUCUAACUAAAAUAUGGUGACACCUUAAAAGUUUAAAACGUUUACAAUUAAAUAGCUGUUGAUGUCUGUGGAUAUUUGUGUGUAAAGUAAAAGUAAAUGAAGAAACUGUAUUGUUAUUGUGCGUCAAGUGUCUAAUAUGCAUAACAUUUGCGUCUUCGUGUUGCCUUGUAAUGAUAUUCACCAAUGACUAAAUUUGUUACAGGUCAAUGAAGGUAUUAUUUGUAAUGUUUUUCUUUAAAUAAAAUAUAAAAUGGUCAACUAUA